AUGGACGGAUUAUUAGUGCAUAGUCAGGAUGAAGGGCAAGAAAACAAACCAAAAGAUGAUGAUGAUGAUUCAUAUGGCACAGGAGGAGGCAGCUGGGAGACUGACCCCAGCAUAUGUACACCUCAUAAGGGGAGUUGGGAUGGGAGAAUGGUUUUCGGUCUUAGGCCCAAGGAAGGGCAAGCUAGCAGGAUUGUUCAGGAAAGAGUUACAAAGUUUGAGAGGCAAAAGCAAGGACUCUUGCAUGGAUAUAAAGGAGCAAGGUCUAUUGAAGAUUUUGACCUGGGAAAAAAGCAUUGUUCUUGA